UGCCUCAGUUUCCAGCAAAAGGAAUAGAACACCCGUCCGAGGAUGAGUGUGUCUGCAGGAGAAACUCCACUUUUUAAUGUGUUCCAGUCUGGAGCAGUUCUUGUGUUUAUCUCUGAGGCCAGUGGAAAGACUCUGAGAGUCAAAGAUAAUGGGGAUGCGGAGGGCAAAGGCGGAGAGGGAGCAAUGGCUCAGUUUAAGGUGCAUGUUCGUGGGCCGCAGAGAGUUGCUCUUCAGAACGUCCACAAUCCACGCCAUUGGUUGAGAAUCAAAGACAAUGACCUGAAUGGAAAGGGGCAAGAGGGUGGAUCUUUUACAGAGUUUAAACUGGAAGAACAC